AUGGAUCGGUACCAACGGGUCGAGAAGCCGCGGCCGGAGGCCGCCGCCAUCAGCGAGAACGAGAUCCGUAUCACCACACAGGGCCUCAUCCGCAACUACGUCACCUACGCCACCUCCCUCCUCCAGGAAAAAAGGGUGAAAGAAAUUGUGUUGAAGGCCAUGGGACAAGCUAUCAGCAAGACAGUGGCUAUUACCGAGAUCAUAAAGAAAAGGAUCCCUGGGUUGCAUCAAGAUACAACGAUCAGUUCAGUCAGUAUUACUGAUGUAUGGGAACCCAUUGAGGAAGGCCUUGUACCAUUGGAGAUGACUCGUCAUGUUUCAAUGAUCUCAAUCUCCUUGUCACCUAAGGAGCUCGACACAAAUUCACCCGGAUAUCAAGCUCCAUUGCAUGCAGAGCCACUUAAACCAAGGUACCAGCAAGUUCAGCGGUAUCAACAACAGCACCAGCCAAGACAAAAUCAAGGUCAAACAGAUUCAUAUGUACGUGGAAGAGGCAGAGGGAGAGGAAGGGGCUGGGGUGGUAGGGGAGGGUAUGGUGGAGGUUAUGGUGGGUAUGAUAAUAACCAAGGAGGUUAUGGUGGAUAUAGCAACCAGGGAGGAUACGGCCACAACCAAGGUGGGUAUGGCAAUCAUGGAGGUUACGGCCACAACCAAGGUGGGUAUGGCAACCAGGGAGGUUACGGCAAUCAGGGAGGGUAUGGCCAAAACCAAGGUGGCUAUGGAGGGGGUUAUGGUUAUGAUCAAGGUGGAUAUGGGGGAUAUGAUAAUGGUGGCUGGAAUUACAACCAGAACAGAGGCCGUGGUGGCGGUGGGCGAGGAAGAGGCAACUGGGGAUACAGUGGUCCAGGAUACGAGCGCGGUGGCCGAGGUGCAGGCGGCCCAGGUGGCCCAGGCGGCAGGGGCUACGUGCGGGGCCGUGGUCGGAUGGGCCCUGGCCGCGGGCGCGGGAACCAGAACUAUUAG